AUACUGGAACAAGCCGAUGUGCUGUUGGAAGAUGUGAAAUGCUAUUCGGCAGGCGCAUCGGCCGAAAUACGAAUCGCAAUUCAGCAGCCGAACAACCCGGAUGCGCAACGAGCAGCUCUGGAUAUCCUGGAUAAGCUGGUGACAAGGAUUCGUACUUACUACGAACUCUCACAACGUAUCGAACAAAUUGUUCCGCUUCUACUCUGGGAACUUUGUUCAGGACCACUGCCACCGGCGGAACAGCUGGACACAUUACAAGCAACAUGCCGACAAUUUGCACGACUCAUCGAUUUUGUACUUUCAUUUGAUACCGUAAAAAUGUGCACCCCGGCACUGCAAAAUGAUUUCAGCUUCUAUCGGCGCGCAAUGUCACGGGAGAGUGAUGUUGGAGCGUUUGCUGUUCCACUGGAAUUGGCCAAUACAAUAUCGCUUUUUCUGGCCAGUCCAACACCAAUGUUAUCGGCCCUAACAUCUGCAACAACGAAUUUCGUCGCUACACACAUCGAUUUACCGGUCGCUAAUACUACGGAUACACUUGCAACGGUUGUACAGGUCUGUCAAUCAAUGGUGGAAAAAGAGGAGAACUGGGAACGAUUGUCCGAGCCGAAUCGUUCGUUCACGAUGAGGAUCAUGGUUGGUGCUAUCAUCCUGUACGAUCAUGUUGAUAGCGCUGGAGCAUUUUGCAAAGAUUCACCCAUUGAUAUCCGUUCCAUCGUUCAACUUAUCAAAGCCCAAUCUCGAUCCGAACAGGCUGAAUCGUUACUGAGCGCAUUACACUACACAACCAAACAUCUGAACGACAGUAAUACGCCAAAAUCAGUACGCGCACUUUUCCCAUAA